AUGACCUCCCUCGUAAGCUUCCUCAACAGACUCUUGCCGUUUGCAACUCCAGGAACCCCACUCGUCCAGGAUCUCCUCCAUCUCGGCGUUAUUUGCAGCUUGCUGUACUUUGCACCGCAAAUUCAGGAAUAUGUCCAGCGCAGGCAUCUGAAUCCAUCCAUCCCGGAGCAGCCGCCUGUUGGACAAGAUGACGAUGGCCCGGAAGUACCGAGCGCCGAUGAACAAGUCGCGGACCAACAUGAUCCUGACCCGACCCAUCAAGACAAUGGCGUUGGAGAGCCAGUCAAUGUGAACGAAGAUGACUUUAAUGGAGCAGUCAAUGGAGAUCUGGAUGGUCCUGCUAACCGUGUGCCUGUCGCUGGACCCGCAAAUGGCCGUCCGCAGAGGAACGUUGGAGCCAAGAAAGCUAAAGCUUUGGCACGUCGAGACCAGAGAAGAGCCUACCAUGAGUUUCAACGCUCUCAGGGCGAAGCUCAGAGGGCCAAAGACGCAGAAGGCGCAUCGGAACGGGAGAAGGCACAGUCGAUCGAGAGAGAGCGAAGGAAGGCCGUGGAAGCCAAACUGGAUGAGAAGAAAGCGAAAGAACGGGAGCAGCGGCGGGAACAGGAACGCAAGGAAAGAGAGCAGGAGAUGCAAAGGCGUGAGCAAGCGAUUGAUCUUGUACGGGAGCAACUGCAGGAACGGCAGAUGAGUAAUGUGUUCGAGGUUGCGAGACAGGUGGGCGGUGAUGCUGAUGACGUUUGGUUGGAGAAGAUCCUGAAGGCAGCAGGUGUGCUGGGCAAGAAUGCGGACGAUUCGAUUACCAUUGCCACAAGUCUCGGCUGGAUCGUUCGAGUGCAACGGCAAGAUAUGCUGAAAGCUUAUGAGAAAGCUGCUGCUGCGAAACAUAGCGAUGACGGUGAGAUCAGCUAUGAGGACCUUGGUACACAUCUGGAGGCUGUACUACGCGAGAAGGUUGAUUAG